GGCUUCUGAUUCGCUAAAUUGUUCCUGCAUGAGCAGGUUGCAAGACSACAGGAGGAAACAGAUCCUGCAGGAAUCUGUCGGGAACAACCGUGAAAAAAAAAGUGGAAACUGCGAUCGGAUGAAGUCUGCGGCUGCGGCGCGGAGGUUUUUGCGCACGGAGAGCGUUGCGCACCGGAGGAACUCGCUUGGAAAGCCRCCGUUUGCUGCGUAGCUGCCGGGUUUCUGCCUCAUAGAUGAAAACCCCACCGGAGAGACGUGGGGGCCCCUCCGUCUGCCACCGCCGGGGACCAUGGCGGACAACUUCUCGGAUCUGAUCAACGAGUCGCUGCCRGCGGCUCCGGUUGCGCACUACAACUUCCCGGCGCUCAUAUUCGGGAUUUUACUGAUCAUCACCGUCACUGCGGGAAACGUGCUGGUGUGCCUCAGUGUUUACUUGGAGAAGGCUUUGAAAACUACGACCAACUACUUCAUAGUGAGUCUGGCGUUUGCGGAUUUGCUGCUGGCGGUUCUGGUUCUGCCGCUCUUCGUUUACGCAGAGGUGAGGUGGUUUUUGCGUGAAGAGAAGCAAAAAUUAUUUAGUUUUUUUUUAUUCGUCAUCUUCGGCAUCAACAACGUGCCGAACCGCAACCCCAGAGAGUGCAAACUGGAGGACAACAACUACGUGGUGUACUCGUCCGUCUGCUCCUUCUUCAUCCCCUGCCCCAUCAUGGUGCUGCUCUACUUUGGGGUUUUUCGAGGYCUGAGGCGGUGGGAGGAGGCGCGGAAGGCCAAGCUGCGCAGCAGCAUCGAGGCGUGCCGGAAGCUGCAGCAGAGCAGCGCGGUYGGYGGYGCCCUGCCCCCGAUGAUGGGCACCAUCCCCGGGGCGCUGCCCAUGCCGCUGCCCAGGAUCAUAGAGAGAGAUCUGGCCCAGUCUCGCAUGGACGACUCAGGCGACUACGUCCAGCAGGAGAUUCCUUAUCCACGGGAGUACCGGGAAAACUCAGUGCCAACAGUGAGAUUCAACCAGCAGCAAGUCAAGAAGAGGGCGAAGAUCAACAGCAGGGAACGGAAAGCUAUGAGGGUCCUACCGGUUGUAGUAGGCUGCUUCCUGCUCUGCUGGACGCCGUUCUUCGUGGUGCACACGAUGCGAGCGUUGUGCCUGACRUGCAACAUCCCCGACGCGCUGAUGAGCACCGUCACCUGGCUCGGCUACGUCAACAGCGCCCUCAAUCCCAUCAUCUACACCAUGUUCAACACGGAGUUCAAGAAGUUCUUCAAGAAAUGUUUCCGGAGCUGCUGCUGACAGCGGAUCGCUGCCUCCACAGACUGAAACACCAGAGGAGGUUUGGGUUCACAACGUCAGACUGAGACAUUUCCAGUUCGGCUCGCGAACUGGAAAGAAGAGGAAGAACAUUUUGUUUAAGUUCUGAUUUCAUUUGAGGUUUUUAUGGAUUUUAUGUAAAAUACUAAUGGACUUUGUUUGGUCUGAAAUAAAGAUUUAUUUGACC